CAAAAAUUUUUAAUUUCAAACAUGACAACUACAACUUUUUUCGUCGCAUAUCGAGGGUAUUACAUUGAUGGCACAAAAUUCCUGAACUUGAUCGGAUUGGGAUCUGAUAACGAUAAAAGCUUUCGCAUAUUAGAAACAGAUCUCAAUGGACAAGGAAUCACAUUGGGUAAUGUUUUAACUGCGGUUAUCAGAUCGAAGAAAAGUCUCGACGCGUUUCAAUUGAAAAGUCACAAUUUCAAUGUGAAAAUUGAUGGAAAUUUUGCACUUGUUGAUGGGAUUGAAGGAGAAUUAGUGAGGAAUCGAGAUGAAGACUUAGUUUUUGAAACAGAAUCAUUCGGAACUGUUAGAGCUAUUGACCAAACUCUUGCUAUUGGAAAAUAUAUGAUUACUGUUAGAGCAACAAAUCAUAAAGAAGAAAGCAAAUUCAAAAACUUGCAGUAUUGCGCCACCGUUCUAAAGAAAAUUGAGCCGGCUCCUCCUAUGUGUAGCUCCAGCACAUCCUCGACUACUGUUGGGAAGGGAUUUCAGUCCCGACAACAACCGGAAAACAAAAUCAAAACGAUGAACGCAUUCAUCUAUAGAGUAAUUAAGAAAAAUCACCGCACGAUUUACUUUUUAUGGAUUUGUGAACGUUACGAACAAGCAAUAUUUUUUUCGAAAACAUACAACCUGACUGUGGGGCACUUUUUUGAAGGAAUGUUUGAAGAAAGAAAAAAUGCGAAAUCGAAUUGGCAAUGCUUCAAAUACGUUAGGCAGAUUGAAGAUAUGUUUCCCGUCGAUGUAGUCGGAAAUUUGUUAGAAAUAAAAACAACAAUUAGUCAUUAUCAACCAAUGACUAAUAUGACACAGUAUCCACAAGUCUUCGCAGUGCAUUUCGGAUUUAUUCUAGACAUCAAACAAAUACUCCGUAACCUUAAAACGGAUUGUACUGGAAAAACGGUUAUCACGCAACGACAAAAAGUUGGGCAAAAGUUUGCAUGGACUAUCAAAGAAGUACUAUAAGAAAUACAUAUAUUAAACUUACUAAAAGGAUUUUGGCAACUGUUAAAAAACGUUUUAAUGUGAUUUGAAGUUAUCUUAUAAAAAUGAAUAUCCCCUUUAACAUAAUCAAAUAUAUGAAUACAUCCUAAACCGGAUUAACUUUGAAUUUAUUUUUUUUUUAAGAUUUGAAUGAAGUGCUGAUUUCUUG